GCGCCUGGGAAGGGAAGGGAAGGGCGCUUUCCCCUUCGCCGGCGGCGGAACAGGCGCCGGUCCUUGUGUAAGAGCAAGAAGCCCGAAGCAGCAACGGGCCGGGGCGGACCUGUUUUGCAUGGGAGUAACGAGCAGUAACGCCACGCGGGAGUCCGGGAAAGAAACGCCGUUCCUUUCCCCGGCGGGGGCGGGGGCUGGAGCUGUCCAGGGUGCUGAAGGCCGGCCAUGGUGGUGGAGACGCUGACGGUGGCCGUCCUGGGCGCGCCCAAGGUGGGCAAGACGGCCAUGAUCCGCCAGUUCUUGUACCACGACUUCGCCGAGACCUACAGAGCCACGGAAAGCCGCUACACCUACCGGCCCGCGGUCGUUUUCAACGGGGAAAUGUACGAAGUGAAGAUCAUGGACGUCCCGUUCCUCACGGCUUUCCCCUCCAACAGCAGCCAGGAAUGGUCUGACCUAAAGUGCCGAGGGCUGAGGAACACAGACGCCUUCGUCCUGGUCUACGACAUCUGCAACCUCGAAAGCUUUGAGUACGUGAAAAUGCUGCGCCAGCAGAUUCAGGAGAACAGGGCGAGCAGCACCAGCGAAGCCCCCAUCAUUGUGGUGGGGAACAAGAGGGACCUCCAAAGGCAGCGUUUCACCCCCCGGCGGACGCUCUCGAUGCUGGUGAAGAAGAGCUGGAAGUGUGGCUACCUGGAGUGCUCGGCCAAGUACAACUGGCACGUGGUCCUGCUCUUCAAAGAACUGCUCGGCAGCGCGGUGGCCCAUAGCGGCAAGAGCAGCCACGCCGCCCUCCACCUCCAGGGGGCGCUGCAGAGGAACAGGUGCAGCCUGAUGUGAAGAGGAGCCCCCGGCCACCAGAGGGCGCCUUGACUACACCCAACGGAUGGGUUUCAACAACUGGGGGGCCCUGGAGCAAAAGGCUGCGCCUUGUUGGCCACUAGGCCCUCGUUCCUGGUAGCCAUUGGAAAAAAGCUGGGCAUGGACCACGGAGGUGGCCUUUGCUGUGAGGGAAAAGGGGGCAACUCCCCCAGAGGGUGCCGUUAAAUGUGGCCAAAGGAGAGACGGGCAGCUCAGAUUUGUGGAUGGCAUACCAGAACCAGCUAGCCCAGUAUUCUGUCUCGGACGGGGCAUCCUUGAGGGGCUCAGCAAAAGCUGGCAGUGGAUGCAGGCCCCUCUGCCGGCCUCAGGGUUCACCUCAGGCUUCCUCGAAGGCGGCAGUAAGUCAGGCUGUCUUCCAUUUUGCUUCUCCCACAAUGCCCUGCAGUGUCAUUCCAGGGCAUUGUGGGAAAUAUGUACCUGUCAGCAGCAUCAGGGACUUAAUGGCUGCAGCCCAGGCAGAGUGGUAAGUGGGACUUCAGCGAGGAACUGCUAGAGGAUCUACAACUAUGGAUGUCAAGGAUCCCAAAGCUAUCGGCACGGCAAUUAAAGUGACCCCAAUCUUCUAUAACCCUGCCUAGUGUCUACUAGAGGUGUCCAGAUUGGUGUUUGGGGAGAAUUCCCAGCGUUCCCCAGAGUAGCCCAUGCUACUCUAGGUCAGCAAAACAUACGUGUCUGUAGGUAGGAGGUGGGUGGGUGUCUGAAACUCCCUGAAUUCUGUUUGAGGAAUUCUGGGAAUUGAAGUCCAAAAAAAACCUAAGCAGCAUCACCUUGGUGGUGGCUGAUGACUCUCAUUUGGGGGAGGGUGGUGAACCCGCUCCGGGUUGUAGUCCGCACUUUACAAAAGCUUUCCAAGGUGCUGAAGUUUGACCGCUUGGGUAACGCUUGCAGAGGGCAAAAAAUAAAACCCGGAAUGGAUUCAGAGCCUCCACCCCGGACUUGAGAGUUAACCAGCCACGAAGGUCAUGAUUAACUUGCCUUCCAUGGACUUCCUCUAAAUGCAUAGCUACUACACCGGUGUAAGCGUUUAAUGCCACAUCUGCUUGGGAUGUCCUGACCCCA